AUGUUGAAGUUCUUGCAGUAUACCAGACAAGCAGUUAGAGCUAACCCGCUCAGCUGUGGGUUCAAUAGAUAUCAACCAAUAUUUAAGAAGCUGCUUGCUACCAAUGCUUACCCAGGUGCUGAAAUUCUCAAAGGUAAAGAAGAAUUGGUAGAUGUGUCCAAGGUCCUCGUCAUUGGAUCCGGUGGUCUCUCCAUUGGUCAAGCCGGGGAAUUCGAUUACUCUGGUUCUCAAGCCAUUAAGGCCUUGAAGGAAGCUAAUAAGAAAUCUAUUUUGAUUAACCCAAAUAUUGCUACCAACCAAACCUCGCAUGCUUUGGCUGAUGAGAUUUACUACUUGCCUGUUACUGCUGAAUAUAUUACCUACAUUAUCGAAAGAGAAAGACCCGAUGGGAUCUUGUUGACCUUCGGUGGUCAGACUGGGUUGAACGUUGGUGUUAAGUUGGAUAAGAUGGGUGUUUUUGAAAGAUAUGGUGUUAAGGUUUUAGGUACUCCUAUUAAGACUUUAGAGACUUCCGAAGAUCGUGACUUGUUCUCUCAGGCCUUGAAGGAAAUUAAUAUUCCAAUUGCUGAAUCUGUUGCUGUUGAAACUGUCGACGACGCCUUGAAGGCUGCCGAAGAAGUCGGUUACCCUAUCAUUGUCAGAUCAGCUUACUCUCUCGGUGGUUUAGGGUCAGGUUUCGCUGCAAAUGAAGAAGAAUUGAGAAACUUGGCUUCUCAAUCAUUGUCAUUAGCUCCACAAAUCUUGGUCGAAAAGUCUUUGAAGGGUUGGAAAGAAGUCGAAUACGAAGUCGUUAGAGAUAGAUUGGGUAACUGUAUCACUGUCUGUAACAUGGAGAAUUUCGAUCCUUUGGGAGUUCACACUGGUGACUCCAUUGUCGUUGCCCCAUCCCAAACUUUGUCUGACGAAGAGUACCACAUGUUGAGAUCUGCUGCUAUCAAAAUCAUUAGACACUUGGGUGUUGUUGGUGAAUGUAACGUUCAAUAUAGUUUGCAACCAGAUGGAUUGGACUACAGAGUUAUUGAAGUAAACGCUAGAUUGUCCAGAUCUUCCGCUUUAGCCUCAAAGGCCACAGGUUACCCAUUGGCAUAUACUGCUGCUAAGAUUGCCCUUGGCCACACAUUGCCUGAAUUACCAAACCCUGUUACUAAGACCACCAGUGCCAAUUUCGAACCAUCCUUAGAUUACAUUGUUACCAAGAUCCCUAGAUGGGAUUUGGCUAAGUUCCAACACGUCAAGCGUGACAUUGGUUCUGCUAUGAAAUCUGUUGGUGAAGUCAUGGCUAUCGGUAGAAACUUUGAAGAAUCCUUCCAAAAGGCUAUUAGACAAGUUGAUCCAUCAUACAUUGGAUUCCAAGGUGACCACUUUGAAGACUUGGACCACACUUUAGCUAACCCAACUGACCGUAGAUGGUUAGCUGUUGGACAAGCUUUGCUCCACGAAAACUACACUGUUGACCAAGUCCAUGACCUUUCCAAGAUCGACAAGUGGUUCUUACACAAGUUAAUGAAUAUUGUAAACAUGUACAGAGAGAUUGAACAAACUGGUAACGGUGACUUGUCAAACAUUUCUUACGAUCUUAUGAUGAGAGCCAAGAAAUUGGGUUUCUCUGAUAAGCAAAUCGCUUUGUCUGUUGCUAAGAACGGUACUAAGAAGAUCAAUGAACUCGAAGUUAGAGCUCUCAGAAAGUCUUACGGAAUCGUUCCUUUUGUUAAGAAGAUUGAUACUUUGGCUGCUGAAUUCCCUGCUGACACCAACUACUUGUAUACCACCUACAAUGCUACUUCUUCUGAUGUUACCUUUGAUGAGCACGGAACUUUAGUCCUUGGUUCUGGUGUCUACAGAAUUGGAUCUUCUGUCGAAUUCGAUUGGUGUGCUGUCAGUACCGCCCGUGCCCUUAGAGACGCUGGACGUAAGACUAUUAUGAUUAACUACAACCCAGAAACUGUCUCUACUGAUUUCGAUGAAGUUGACAGACUUUACUUCGAGGAACUUUCCUUGGAAAGAGUCUUGGAUAUUUAUGAAUUGGAAACUGCACAAGGUGUAGUCGUUUCCGUUGGUGGUCAAUUACCACAAAACAUCGCUUUAACUUUGCAAGAAGAAGGCUGUGAUGUUCUUGGUACUAACCCUGAAGACAUUGACAAGGCUGAAGAUAGACACAAGUUUUCUCAAAUCUUGGAUUCUAUUGGAGUUGAUCAACCACAAUGGAAAGAGUUGACUUCUAUCGCCGAAGCUGAAUCUUUUGCUAACGAAGUUGGUUACCCAGUCUUAGUUCGUCCAUCUUAUGUUCUUUCUGGUGCUGCUAUGUCAGUCAUUAACAACCAAUCCGAAUUAGAAGCCAAAUUAUCAAAUGCUUCUAAGGUUUCUCAAGAUCAUCCAGUUGUCAUUUCUAAGUUUAUCUUAGGUGCUCAGGAAAUUGAUAUUGAUGGGGUUGCCAGUCAAGGUGAAGUCUUAGUGCACGCUGUAUCUGAACACGUUGAAAAUGCAGGUGUCCACUCAGGUGAUGCUACCUUGAUCUUACCUCCACAAAACUUAUCACCAGAAAUACUUUCUAGAUUAAAGACUAUUGCUGAUAAGGUUGCAUCUGCUUGGAAGAUUACUGGUCCAUUCAAUAUGCAAAUUAUUAAGGAUGACCAAAAUGGAUCUCUCAACGAUACUGACUGUCACUUGAAGGUUAUUGAAUGUAACAUUCGUGCUUCAAGAUCAUUCCCAUUCGUUUCUAAGGUUUUAGGUGUUAAUUUCAUUGAUGUUGCUGCAAAGGCUUUAAUUGGAGAAGGUGUCCCAGCUCCAGUUAAUUUAAUGGACAAGAAAUAUGAUCACGUUGCCACUAAGGUACCACAAUUUUCAUUUACAAGAUUAGCUGGUGCUGAUCCAUUCCUUGGUGUCGAAAUGGCUUCCACUGGAGAAGUCGCUUGUUUCGGUAGAGACUUGGUUGAAGCCUACUGGACUUCCAUUCAAUCAACUAUGAACUUUAUCGUUCCACAACCUGGUUCCGGUUUAUUAUUCGGAGGUGACUUGACCAACGAUAAAUUAGGAAAGGUUGCACAAACUUUAUCAGGAUUAGACUACAAUUUCUACACUGCUUCUCAAGAUGUUGCAGACUACAUAUCGAAGUAUGUUUCAGAACCAGUUGAAGUUAUUGCAUUCCCUAAGACAGAUAAGAGAGCGUUGAGAGAAAUCUUCCAAGACAAAAAGGUCAGUGGUGUAUUUAACUUAGCUCGCUCUAGAGCUGAUCACUUAUUAGAUCAAGACUACGUUAUGAGAAGAAAUGCCAUCGAUUUUGGUAUUGCUUUAUUUAACGAACCUAAUACUUCACAAUUAUUUGCUGAAUGUUUGAGAGCAAAUAUUGCCCAAAAGCCGACAUUUGAUGUUAUCCCAGAUGAAGUCAUUGUUACUGGUGAAGUUAAAAGAUGGAGUGAAUUCCUUGGUGGAAAACCGGUUUAA